AUGCGCCCGCUGGCGCAUGACACCGCCCCUCGCGAGUACUACCGCAUUCUGGAGCACCUCUUCAUUAACACAGAUGGCUUCGCGGUGCUGAUGGACGAGUUCACGCCGCUCUUCAUUCGCCGUCACCCAACUGACGGGCUGUGUUUCUUCUCCAACAACUCGCUGCCCUAUCCGUUCUAUCCGAUCAACCCACGCUACAAAGACCUGUCAUUGACCAUCUUUGCGGGCAAGGACAUGCGAUCAGUGCUCGACUACGUCGUCCACCACUCCGGUCGGAUAGCCAAACCGACAGAGCUGCCCGAGCUGGCCAAGUUUACCUAUCCCUCCUGGUCAGACUACAGGGGCGACGACGUCGGCAAAAGGAGCGCAGUCACUGAAGGUGACCUGGUCAGUCUGGCCAACAGCAUUGUCAAGUACAACUUCUCCGCCUCCAGUGAGAUUUUCAUCGACGAUCACCUGCAGACGAUGGACGGCAGCCUGGAGCUGAAUGCGAUCAACUUUCCCAACGGAAGGCAGGUCAUUGCCGACCUGCAGAAGCGAGGCUUUCGCAUCGGCCUGGGCAUCAGCGGGCGCAUCACCAAUCACACCGACAACUCCACCGACCGGUACUUCCUGCGGGGGCCGCUCGGCGAGCUGACCAACCUGGUGGACUUCUCCGCGCCCGAGGUGGCCACCUGGUACGAGUACCUCCUGGAGAAGGUCAAGUACAACUUGGGCGUGGACGCCUUCCACCUGGCCUCCGCCGACGACGCCGUCCAGUGGGGACUGACGGGCGCCGACGAACGGGCGUGGCACUACCCAGCGCAGCUGACCAAAAAGUACAUCGAGACGGCGAGCAGACUGGGCAACAAAAUGGUCGCCGAUGUGGGCUACAAGACGCAGCACCUGCCCAGCUUUGUGCGACUCAGCUACCAGAAUAGCAAAGAGUUUCAAGGUUCAAACCGAA